AUGUCACCGACUUCUACCAACGGAACUACCGCCAAUGGCGCUCAAAAGCCAACUACUGGAAAUGAAAUGUUGGAGGCCGCUCACCAAGCCCGGUCAAAGGCGAUUAGCACCCUCCCCGAUGAAACCUUUGACUGGAGAAUAACUUUGGAGGGAAAAGUUAUCGCCAUCACUGGCGCCAACCGUGGAAUUGGACUUGGUAUUGCUGAAGUCUGCCUCGCCAACUCUGCAACUAAAGUCUACUCUCUAGACCUCCUCGAGCCCACCGAAGAAUUCAAUGCCCUGUCGAAACGCUUCAACGGUCGUCUUGCCUACAUUCAAACUGAUGUUACACAAGACGCAUCCAUCCAGAACGCGGUUGACAAGAUUGUCGAAGAAUCCGGCGCUAUCCACGGCAUGGUUGCCAAUGCUGGAAUGACAAAGCACCAACCUGCUUUGGAGUUCGAUCGCGCUCAGAUGGAUAAACUCUUCAACCUUAACUUCUUCGGCGUUUUCUCUUGUUGCACUAUCGCCGCCAAGAAGUUUAUCGAACUCGGAAUUAAGGGAUCGAUCGUCUGCACCGCCAGUAAAGUAGGAGACGGACCUAACCGUGCCGCCCCCUCGGCACCAUACGGUGGUACCAAAGCCGCUGUCCGAAACAUUGCCAAAACCCUCGCUAUGGAAUGGUCCAAAUACGGUAUCCGCGUAAACUCGAUUUCGCCCGGUUUCGUGAAGACCGCAAUGACAUACUAUGUUGAAACCGCUCCGGAUUGGGAUCUUAAGAUGCAAUACUACGGAGGAAUGCCACGACUGGCGUUGCCUCAGGAACUUGGAGGUGCCUAUGUUUACUUGCUUUCUGAUACUGCUUCUUAUACUUCGGGCAUUGAUAUUCCGAUUUCUGGUGUUGUUGGAGCCUGGUAA